CCAUAUGAUAACUUUGACUGACAUAUGUUGCGCUCUCGCGACAGUCAAAAUUUUCCCAUCUUUCCCCUUUCAUGAGGGCCUUGGUUGCUUGUUACUUCUCACAGGAAAGCAGUGUGCUUACUGGCAUAAAUAAAUUAAUAUUUGGCAAACAACAUGGCUAACAGGGUGGCUAUCCAGAAGACAGUAAGGCAUGUCAAGCCUCUCAUAUCUCAGAACAAUCAAGAAGCCAGGUCAAGGGUGUUUGGCCUCUACAAAGCUUGGUACAGACAAAUUCCCUACAUAGUGAUGGACUAUGACAUCCCCAAGUCGGUGGAGCAGUGCCGCGCCAAGCUCCGCGAAAAGUUCGAGGAGAACCGUCACGUGAAGGAUAUCCGUGUCAUCGACGCGCUGGUUAUCAAGGGCCAGCAGGAGUUGAAGGAGACGGUCAACAUCUGGAAGCAGAAGCACCACCUGAUGUCACAGUACUUCAAGGAGACACAGGAGCCCAAGCCCAAGGACUUCCUCUCAAAGUUUCUGGCGGGGCAGUAGUCUUCUCAAUGCUGUGCAGUGUAUGACCGUGACCGACGGGGUAUGUAAAUAGAUAUUAUGUACGUGAAA